UUUGACCACUCCCAACCGCACCCUGUUCUCCUGGCUAGGUGGGAUCGUGAUGGCAGAGAAUGUGCUGAACAUCGUGCCCAAGGGAACUCACAACUACUCCAAGUUCAUCAAGCCUGCUGAGCUGUCAGCUCUACUUGAGAAAUACGGGUGCAGCGUCCAGCUGGUCAAUGGGAUGUUUUACGAUCCCGUGAGAAACCGAUGGAUGUGGUCCCCAAUUCUCUUGCAGAGUAGGACAGAUGCAGCAGGCUGAGGCUAUUUCCCUCUAUCCUGAGCUGCUAACAAUAAUUGCCAACAUUAUGUUCCAGACGGGUGCAGCGUCCAGCUGGU